GUAUGGUGUCCGAGCGGGUCCAGCCGAAACGCGCUGCAGAAAUGGAGGGCGUCACGGUGGGGCAGGUUUUUGACGCCGAGUGCAUCCUGAGCAAACGGCCGCGAAAGGGGAAGUUCGAAUACCUGGUGAAAUGGAGAGGAUGGUCGUCCAAACACAACAGUUGGGAGCCGGAGGAGAAUAUUCUGGACCCGAGACUUUUAGCCGCAUUUCACAAAAGGGAGCAAGAGCGAGAGGAGCUGCUGCAGAAGAAAGGAAAGCGACCCAGAGGACGACCUCGAAAGAAUCUGCCUCCCGUGACCCCCGUGCCCUCUGACCCUCACUCCUCUUCCUCCUCGGGCCUCUCUUCCUCCUGCUCUUCAUCAGAUGACGAACAUCGACCCAAAAAAUCCUCCAGGUCUCACCGGACUCUCCCCGUACCCCAAAAACGCCCCCAAAUCCUUCUCAAGUCUGAGUCUAGUCACCACAAGUCCAAGAAACGCGGCCGCAAGCCCCUCCCCCCUGACCUCAAAGCGCUUCGCCAGAGCAAAACGCGACCUCCGACCUCGGCCUCGCUCUCUCCGCCAUCCGUCGCACGUCCACACAGAGACCUGAACGUGAAAAAGCCACUUCAGCCCGCGAGCUUCACCUACACUGGGAUGAGUCGGAGUUCCAGGGAGGACGCCCACACCUCCGCCGCGUCCUUCACCCAGAGCAGUGCCUCCAAAUCGGGUACAGUCAGCAGCAUGUGGCCCGGGUCCGCUGCAGGUCGCGCUCUUUCGCUAACCACCGCUUCUCCGCACAAAACGAACGCUGCAACGCAAAGCAAAAGCAAAGAGCAGACGAAGAGCGCGGAGGUGAAGAGGGCGGAGUCGAGCGGGGCGUUGAAGAUGGGGUUCGGGACGGCAAGCGUGCAGAGGAGUUUAGGAGCACCGCAUAAACAGCAAAACAACGGAGCGAAACCGAACCAAAACCAAGCGCUGAGUUUACGAGCGCUAAACCUACAGGAAAACUCGCAACGUCUACGAAGCGGAGGGAGCGCCAACGCCAAAGACCGACUGUCCUCCGCCGAGCGAAGGGGGGAGACGAACCGAAGCGUUCCCGAGCUGAGCGAGGGAGAGUCCGACGAAGAGGACGACAGCUCCAGCGACUCGGACCACAGCGGGACACUAGGGGGCGCUGGCGUGACGGCGGCUAACGUGAUGGUGGCUAAAGCGCAGAUGCUGUUUCCCGUGGAGGGGAGACCAAGCCUGGGCGCGCACGUAGACUCGGACUCGGACACUGAGGAGUCGAACUGGAGACCGUCUCGUAACGUGUUGGAGCACGUGUUUGUCACCGAUGUCACGGCCAAUUUCAUCACCGUCACCGUGAAAGAGUCACCGACGAGCGUGGGAUUCUUCAACAGCUAAAGGAGCCGCGGCUAACGGAGUUGACAUGGUAACAGGAAAACAUUAAGACGUUUACACAGAUUUAAAUAGACGUUAAAAUGGGAAAACUCAAUGACAUUCCAGAUCACUCCGCACAGACGAGCAGAGGUCCACUGUUCUGCUGCAGGUUCAAUGGAUUUUUGACUGAUAUUGUUUUAAAGAGUCGGUAUUAUGCAAAAUGUACUUUUUUAUAAUUUUCUACCAUGUUGUUCCCUCAGCCAAAACAUGACUGAAAAGGUUUUAAAUGUCCUCCGUGUAUGUCUGAGUAAUAUAGCGAUCUCUCCCGGCCCUAUUUGAACAUUUCUUAUGGUUAGAUUUUAGCUGUUGUGAUGGCGCUCUGAAGGGGGAGUGACUUAACGCAAAGAGCAAAAUUGAAACUUAUAAAACACAUCAGUACGCUGGAUGUUCGCAGUUAAUACUCAAUAGAUUAAAAAAAAAAAACCUUUAAAGAUGCGUUUUUCUGGUGGAUGUUUCUGCCGCCUGCUUGUCUCCAUGGAGAUGUAAUUCCUUUGUCUGAAUAUACCACAGUAUGACUUUAAACGUGUCUUUUCUCCAAUAAGUUAAGCAGGUAAUCCCACUAGUCAGAUCUGCGGAGAGGCGACAAUAUUAAUACAUAAUUUUCCAUUAAUUCUUUAGCAAUAAAUAGAUCAGUAUUUGCAAGAUAGACACAUUUAAUGCUAUAAUGGGGAACAUUCCAGGCAAAGUAAUAACAUCUCUAUGAAUGCAAGUAACAUAAUUCACCAUAAAGUUACAUAGUUUUAAUUGUUUGCAUGGCACUUCAAGUCUGACCAGGCUCUCAAAGCAUCGUACGAUUAGUGUUGACAUGAUAUAAAAAUGUCAUAUUCUUAUUUUGAUCCUGAUGAAUUGACUCAAUACUGAUUCCGAUACUUUAAAGAUCAGUUUAAAAGCUUUUUUAGAUGGGAACAAGUAAUAGUAUUUGUUUGUUAUUAUUUAUACCAUAUGGUCUUACAGUAGUUUUGAUAAAACUCAAGAUUAUUAUUAUAAUUAUUCAGGAAAGGUCCAAUUUGAUCCAGUUUUUUCAGUAUCAAAACUUGCUCAAACGACUAUCUAAUUUCUAUACUAUUUCUGUUUUUAGUAUCGAUUAAUAUCUGAUUUUCGAUACUUUUGACAACCCUACACACCACUGCUAUUGUAGCUACAGCUGCCAUGGGACAGACUGAUGGAAGGGAGGUUGCCUUUCUGCACCAUCGGUCCCUCUGACCACACACACAGACUAGUUUCAUGCUAGGAAAGGUGUUUUGCUCAAGGAUGCAACAACAGACCUGGGAUUGAACCAGUGAACUUGUGGUUGUUGGGUGAAUGCUUUUAACCCACUGCUCCUCUUGAGUGUUUGAAUCAUACACCCAAACAGUGAUUUAGUCCCGGUUCAGUCCUGUUUUAGUCCUGUUUUAGUCCCAGUUCAGUCCCGGUUUAGACCCAGUUUGGACCUGGUUUAGACCUGGUUUAGACCUUGUUUAGACCCGAUUUAGACCUGAUUUAGACCUGGUUUGGUUUUGUCAUGCCCAAGGACACAACAUUAUGUCUGGGAUUGAACCUCUGAACACUUUUAACCCACUGUUCCUCUAGAGUGUUUGAACCAUGCAGGCAAACAGUGUUUUAGUCCAGUUUUUGUCCCGUAUUAGUCCUGUUUUAGUCCCGGUUCAGUCCUGUUUUAGUCCCGGUUCAGUCCUGUUUUAGUCCCGGUUCAGUCCCGUUUUAGUCCCGGUUCAGUCCCGUUUUAGUCCCGGUUCAGUCCCGUUUUAGUCCCAUUGUAGUCCCGUUUUAGACCUGGUUUUGACCUGGUUUAGACUGGUUUAGACCUGGUUUGGCUUUGUCAUGCCCAAGGACACAACAUCAUGCCUGGGACUGAACCUCUGAACUCCUGGUUGGUGGGUGAACACUUUAAACCCGCUGUUCGUCUUGAGUGUUUGAACCUUGCAGCAGACAGUGUGCCUCUUCACACCAGCCUCCGUUGGACCUGAUUCCACACAAGUGAUUGUAGCUUUUUAAACAUGUUUUUAUUCAUUUUUCUGUACAUUUUUGUAAAUAUGAACCCGUGUUUAUAACUUACUGAACGACAUUUCCAAAAGUGUCUCGAAACUUUUCAAAUAUCUGCUCCUUUUUAAUAUCAUAUUGUCACUUCAGUAUGACUCCUCAGUGCAUUUAUUUAUUUUAAUUGUACCGGUAACUUGUUUUUGUCUGGCCUUCAUCGUACUGUCUUUUCCUCAUGCUUUAAUCCUGGUGAAGACCUGGUUCAGACCUGGCUUAGACCUGGUUUAGACCCAGUUCAGUCCUGGUUUAGACCUGGUUUAGACCCAGUUCAGUCCUGGUUUAGACCUGGUUUAGACCCAGUUCAGUCCUGGUUUAGUCCUGGUUUGAAUCUUUCUUCAUCAAACUCCUUGUAUUUCCCACCUUUUCCUCUACUUUACCACAUUUAAAAGGGCAUUUAAAAUCCUCCUGCUUUUCUUGAAUUGUUCUGUCGCCUUAAACGCCUUUAGUUUUCGAGUAAAUUCUCUCAAAUUCUGCCUUAUUUUUAGUAUUCUCUGUUUAGAUUCCCACAAUUUGAAUGUAGAAUUUCAGUGCCUCUGUUCUUGACUUGGGCUGUUAAUUUCCUGCGUUUUAACCAGAACUCUUCAUAAAAACUCAAAUGUGGUUUCUCUCUGGUUAUAAUUUUCCCCCUUUUUAGUUUCUUCAGUCUUUGCGCCCCCUGCUGUCCCGUCCUUGUAACAGUAAUAAUGAUGUGUUGUUUUAUUUAUACAGAAAAGUAAAACGUAAAUAUGUUUUUGUGAAUUGUUUCUUGGUGCUGUUUUUGGCUGCAGCCUGUGCCUCAAAUACACAAUAAACUACAGUCAAAACUU